CAGUUUGGAAUGCCGAUGACACCGCGCUCGGUGCACACGACCCCGACUUGCAAAAUAAUUAUUUUAGUUACUCCCCAGAACCAGCGGACGUCGGGUGUCCACGGGACACCACUUGAUCCGCGUUGGUGGUAGACCGGAAUAUAUUUUGGACCGCAUCGCGAGCCGCGAAAGGAAAUAAAAAGUAUCCGCGGGUCCCCUUCGGGGUAGUGAUUCGAAGACUAUCCCCGGAGUGCCGAGUGACACGUUUUGAUUCCAAAAACAAGAAAAAACGAGCCGCAACGGACUGUCUCCAAGCGCUCGUGGCCGCCUUCAAUCAGUACGCUCUUGACACCUAGACCCCCGCGGGGCGGUGGGGGCGGCUACACGUGCCGUAGCAACAGGUUAGAGCCAAAGUGGGUUCAAGUUCAAGGUAACGCGGCAUCGAUUCGUCGGAAUUGAGGUAAUCCGUGUUAUUCCUAUGCGAAGAGUGGAAUUCGGUGGCGGCGGUGGGGGUAAUCCUCACCCCCGACGAAACCCGGAAGAAGAACAACCGAUUUUUAAUUUGCAUGCCCCACUUAAUAAUCGAGCCCAAAUUUUAAGGGCGCUUUUUUCGUGUCUGUGACGUAAGAGGGCGGAAUCGAUUUUCGCCCCGACUGGGUCGCACCACGUGGUUCGUUUUGGACUUUUCUCAGAGGGGAUGACGAUUUUUUUCUUUUUUUUUUUCGAUAUCGUGUUCCAAGGCGCAAAUAUCUUUUCAAAUCUAAUGGAGGGGGGCGACUGUAUUAUUUAAUGUUUGGGAAAAAGACGUCAAAUACAAAAGUUGCUAUUUUUAAGAUAUAUUUUUAUACAUGCAGAAAUCACCCACAGGUGCUUUCUAAUUGAAUGUUGGGGCCAUUUUAAAAAGAACACAGGACAAUUAAUCAUUAAUUUAACAUCGGACUGUAAGAACUCCAGAAAAUGAAGAAUCAAUUUUAAAUUCUAUUGAUGAAAAUCAUGAACUUAUUAUUAAAAAAAUUGGAAAUAAUCUGAAUAUCUCACACGCCUUAAUUUGAAAAAAUAUUUGGGUAGACGAAAAAAAUUUAACAAGUGCAGUGGCGACCUAAGCAGCACGCCACUGAAUUACUGGAAAAAAUAAUGACAUUUGCAUUCAUUUAUGAGGAAAUUUGAUCUUUUAUUUUUUUUUUUAGUCCGGCACACGGUUUUUACUUAAAAAUGAAAACUAAUAUCACUGCGUGCUGUCAAAUUAGUGAUGUUGUUAUGGCCAUACAGAGAAAAAGUUUUUAUUGAUUGAAAAAAAUCCAAAAAUGUUUUUUUUUUUUAAUGACUGGGGAUUAUAAACAUAAUUUUUAUUUUAAUAGAAAUCAGUGGCGUGCCAUCAAUGUCUGAGCCAAUUUUAUGAUCUUAUUUGCUUUAACAAACGUUUCCAAAAUUAAUUAUUUUUCUCUUUCAGUAGAAGGCAUUUUAUAAUAAAAAGAAAGUUUUGCUAAAUCUAUAACUGGUAACUAUCGCUGUCAGUUUUAAACAAACAUUUUGUUUUUUGGUGACGACCAACUUCACAGCCACCUAAGAUAUUAUUUUAUUUUUGAAUGUUGCUUUUCUGUUAAAACCGCAUAUAUCUCAAAAACUAUUAGACAUAUUAUACAAGAAAUGUGCAAAAUUUUUAGGGGAUUUUAUUAAGCGUAUAAUAUACAAUAUAAAAUAUAUAUAACUUUUAUCUAUGGGUGAUUUCUGCAACACCUUCUAUAUAUAAUAUAUCUGGCAAAUAGCUUACUAUUUUUUCAAACAACUUUCAUAUUUUACUUUUUCUCCCAAACGUUAAAUAAAAAAGUUAAAAGGGGGGUGGGGAGAUUAUAAUUGAUCACCAUUGCAUUUAGUUUUCGAAAAAUGAGAAUUUUGUUUAAAAUUAAAUAAUGCCUUAAUAGCGAGCUUAACAACUUAUUUCCAAGGUGUUUUUCAAUAUCAAAAGCCCCAUGAUUAACAAUUUCACAUUUUCGAGGUUAAUUAAAACGAUGUUUAAUGAAUAACUAUAAAUAAAUUCUUAUACGAGCGUAAUUCCGCUUUUUUUUAAAUUUUAACACUAAAAAAACCCUUUGCAUUUAUUUGGCUUAAUGUUCCAGGAUAAAGGAACUUUCCUCUUGAUCUUCAUAGUUUUGGUUGGUUGGUUUUGGUAAUUUUGGUAAUUCUACAUUUAAUUUUGUCUUUUAAUGGAAAGCAACAGACAAAGACAUAUUUGUACAUAAUUUUUUAAUUCUAAAAAACCUCUACUUUUAAUCUUCACAGUUUUUGUUCCUUAAAACUUAAAAUAUUUGAACUAUUGGCAGUACCAAUUUUUUUAUACAUAUUUUAACAUAAACAGUUCAAAAUCCUGGGCGCAUUCUAAUAGUGCUUUGUAAAAUUAUAUAGUAAUAGUUCAUAACAGAAAUUUAAACUUUCAAAUUCGAAAAUAGAAAAAAAUCAUCGAUCCAGUCCAUAAUUUUAAGUGCAUUUUAUGCAUAGGACUUGAGUUUUUUGUCUAAGUGUUUCGAUAUAUAAUACCAAAGAUUUAAUGUAAUAAAAUUCAUCAGAAAAUCACUGCCAGAUCCGAGAAUUAUUAAUUACCGAAAAAAAAAAACACUGCGUCCUGCUAUACGUACAGCUUUUUAAAUUUUAUUAGUUGCCUAGUGGUUUUUAGCUGUUUAGCAAUAUAAUAGUUAAAAAAUACUUUUUUAAGUCCACCCUUUUAUAAAAGAAUCACCCUUAAAUAUUUUGUUCGUGCAAAUAAUAUGACUCAAAUUUUCUUUGUAUUUCUUGCAGCAUUUUCUGGGCUGAGUAUAAAUGUCUUUUUUGUGAUAAAAAAAAACUAAUCAAAUCUAAAUAUAACCAUAAAUAUCAAUAUUUCCAAUCGUGUCGUCUAUUUUCCUUUUAUAACAGAAAAAAGUCCAGAAUGGAGCAUUUGCUUCCCAACUCAAUAUAUUUAUUUAGCACUCGACCAGCACCUCCUAGGAUGUAUCAACAAGAAGAAAGAAGUUAUUCAAGAAAACGAAGAAAGAAGUCCUUACGAUUUCCAAAGAUCUUUCUAUAUUUAGAACUCAAAAUAUUUUUUUCACUUUAUCGGAUGUGUAACUACAGUUAAAUAGUUAUUCUGUCUUGAACUAACUCGAACACAAAUAAGCAAUUUCCAUUUGCUGAAAACCUGUAUGAGUCGAAACAACCGCAAUGAAGGUCAAACCACCUCUAGCACAUCGGGUCUCAGAUGGAUCAACAGUACUGCCUGAGGUGGAAUAAUCACCUCAAAAAUUUGACAGAUGUGCUUACAGACUUUUUAAGGGAUCAAGUACUGUGUGAUGUGACCCUAGCGAGUAAUGGACAGCACCUUUUCAAGGCCCAUCAAAUCGUGUUAUCAGCAUGUUCGCCAUAUUUCGAAACGUUAUUUGUACAAAAUCCGAACAAACACCCUAUAGUUUUCUUGAAAGACGUCAGCCCAGAAGAGGUGAAAGCGCUGCUAGAUUUCAUGUAUAAGGGCGAAGUGAAUGUUUCCCAAAAUUUGCUGCCCAGCUUUUUGAAAACGGCCGAAUCAUUGCAAAUAAGGGGCCUCUCAGAUAGUAACAAUUUGAACCAAAGUGAGGAGAGCGUCGAGCGAUUGCGAAGAGAUCGGGAGAAUCAUAAGCAACAUGAACGCGAUAGUCCCGCCUUGAAAAGGAAAAGGACUGGCUUGAACAACAACUGUGAUAAUGCAUCGAAUUCUGUUGACAGGAGUUCUGACCUCCAGGCGCCCCCUAGAAACUAUUACAACUUUAAUUCUACCACAGUCCCCAGUCCACCUGUCGACAGGGACUGUGGUAUGUCGGAAGUUGGCUCCCCGACAAUUAAACAGGAACCCCUAGGGCAUGACGCGAAUCCCAUAGAAUCGUUUCAUGCAAGGUCGGAAGCUUUACAAUCUACCUCCUUCCCUUCACCUUCCGCCUCUUGGGGGAGACCGGCGCCGUCGCAGCCGCCGCCGCCGCGACCACCUUCCUCCUGUGACGCCGUCACCACCCUCACGCCCCUAACCACUGCACCCUUGCAUCGACACAUAACAUUGAGGCAGUACUUGGACGCCCCGCCCAUAGAGGAUACGUUCCCGGUAGUCGAUUCCGGGUUGAACUUGCGUCCCCUCGCGGCGGCAACGUCGUCGUCGUCGGAAAUGGCCAGUAUUCAGACGUUGCCGUCGUUUUACUCGCGCGCGCCAUUGCCGGUACCUCCGGAACUGAGUUGCAAAAGCAGCUCGUCGCAAGAGUGUUCGGUGAUACAGACAGUGACGACCAGCGUAAGACAUGUAACCGCGGCUCAGCUACCGCCAAAACCUCAGGUAGGUCGGAAAGGCUCGAGGUUCAGGACGUCUUGGCUCGACUCGUACAUAUGGCUUCAGUACGACGAGGCGCAGAACAUCAUGUUUUGCAAGUUUUGCCGGAAAUGGAGCGGUGACAUGCCCGACAUUAGAACAUCGUUCGCCGAGGGCAGCACAAAUUUUCGUCUGGAGAUUGUCAACCAUCACGACAAGUGCAAAGCGCACAGGCUGUGCGUCGCCAGGGAGUACCACUCGGAGAGCGCAAGGGGCGGGAACGCCCAGGAGACGCCAGACGAUACCGGCGAAACAUCUAAAAACGUCGCUGAGCGUCCCGGGGUUUAGUAUCGUCAUUCUAGUCAUUCAAUUGGUUCAUACUACUUUUUUUAAAUUUGAUGCAGUUUUUCCUUGCAUUCGUUUUAAGAAAUAAGCUUCGUCGAUGUACGUCUUCAUUGAUUUGAUCAUAUUUGCAUAAAUUGACAUAUUGCUUUUGUUAUCAACUCAAUCCACUAGGAAUAAUUAACAGAAAGCUAUAAUACAUAUUUAAUUAUAAUAUAAUGCUUGAGUUGUGGUUCUUCAAUAAUGUUGUGUUGUUCAACAUUUCGAUCACAAUGUGGAUAUUUAUCAAGAAUCUAAAAUAAAUAAAAAUAUUGUUAAUGAAUAAAUUUAACAUUUAAAUAAAAUUCGUCAAUAGUUUGACUUGAAUUUAUGUUUACUAUUAUACCUGUUUUAUAAUAAAACAAAUAUCAAAUAAUAAUAUGAUUAAUCAAGAAUAUGUGACAAUAUCAUAAAGAAUUUGCGUGUCAUUGUUUAGAAGUUGAAAGAACUAGAACGGAACUAAAUAAAUAUAAUUUACCUAGAAAAAUAAAACAUUCUAAAUUUGAUAUCAUAGUCUCUCACAAGUGUCACAAAUUAAUUUUUGCUCCAUUAAGUUAUUAAUUAAAUCAAAUCUAUAUUUCAUACCUUAUUUAAAUUACAGAAAUUACAAUUUUAAUAAAAGGCAAUAAUUAUCAAAAAUUUGCAGUUUAAGCACUCAGUUAAAAAAGAAAUAAAUGCUGUAAAUUAUCGAAAAUAUAUUAAUAAUUUAAGUCAGUUAUGUUAAAUUCAAAUUAUGAGAGCCAUCAACCAUCCUGUUUGUCACUGCGACCUAGAGGGUCUGUUAUGACUCUCCAUAGCUAUAGAGCGCCCUCCAGGUUCUUCAUCUCUCUGACGAGACUCCAUAACUUCGACAGUGGUUCCUUAGUGUAGCUCAUUGCUUCUGGUUUGGUUACGCCCAGUAGAUGUAAAGGACUCUCGAUAGGCCUUCACACUGACAUAAUCUGUUUAUGGCUGGUUCCUCCUCUUCUUGGCAAAAUCUGCAUUCCGUAUUUUCUUCCACUCCCAUUAGGCUUAGAUAUCUCUUAAGCCGGCAGUGGACGGUCAGUAGACGUACUAUUAUUCCUACGGCCUUUCUUUUAUAGCUUAGCAGGUCUUUUGUUAAUUUGGCCGAUGGGCCUCUAAGGAAUUCUUUGGCUUGUCACUAUUACCAAAUUUUCUGGUACGAUCAUACAUCUUGACGAGACGAGCCUUCACGGCCGCUCCGUCGGAGCUGUCAUUACCUUUGUGGCCUUCGUGUCUUGGUACCUAUGGCAGCGUCGCUUUAUUCUGGCUUGUUAUCUGGUUUUAUGUCUUAUGACAAUCCAGAACUAACUUGGCUACCCAAAAUUUAAUAACGUAAUGUAAAUUUAAAUUUAAAUUCACUUUCUUAUAGUAAUAGUCUUUAAAAUAAACCAACAAUUGAAUAAACUCUUGGCAAUAAUAAACAAACCUCAAAAUCAUUCAAUUCAUAUCAGUGACUUCAUACUUGUACUUUUCCAAUUCAUUAAAAAUAUCACUAAGUUAUGUAAAUACUUUUACAUAAAACAUUUAAUAUAUAUAUUUUAGAGUCUUGAUAAAGAUCCACUUUUGGAUCGAUCAAAUGAACCUAACCUAAGAACAACUCUAGCGUUAUAUGUAUUUCAAGGUUGAAAAAUAUAAAGAAGCUUUAAUGAUUAUUUAAAUAUAUAAAAUAUAAUUAUAUAAACAUUUAAAAUUUGGUCGUAAUUAAUUAAAUUCUCGUUAAUGAUUUGCCAUAAUUUAUCAACAUUGUUUUUGUUUAAAAUUUCUUUUAUAUUUUGCUGGCAAAUUAAGUUAUGCAGUUAUACCUAGGCAAAGUCCAACAUUAAUCUCAGUGUUAAAAAAUUUAGCAAGCAAUCUUGGAAUUAUUCUGCGGUAGUUAUAAAAUAUUAAUAUCAUACUGUCAAUAAUCUAUGAACAAAUAUGAGUCAUGUGUACGAUAGAAGAAAAGCAAAUUAAAUUUACAGAUAAACUAAGCGUAUUAAAAAUAAAAAUAAAAUAACGGAACAUAAAUAGAAGCAGGGUAAAAUUAGGGUUUUUGUGUGAUAAGCUAUUUACAUGUUAACAUGUUAUACAGGGAUGCUUAUACCGUACAUAUGUUACACUUGGAAUUGAAUAAUAGUUGAUCUUAAACAUUUAUAAAAGUUGGUGAUGCAUUUUUUGGUACAGUUACAUCUUUGAACCCUCGCCUUCCAAAUGAAAAAAUGUGUCCACUAAUUGGGGAAGUCAUAUUUCUAUUUUGGGGAUGUCUUCGACUUAAAAAAAAACUCAUUAAAUUUUUGGAUUUAGAAACGUUGAAAACAUUUGAUGAUUUGUUUUUUUGGUGGCUUUCUUGGCUUCUUCAACUUCUCUAAUUAAUACCUCGUACUUCGUAUUUAUUGGUUUUUAUAUACAUAAAUUGUUGUUGUAUAUGUUGCAGUCAAAGUGUACAUUCCAGUCAAUGUAUACAUUUACUAGCCAAUGCAUACAUUCACUUCCCAUUUUAUUGGAACGAACACUUUAACUAGUAACUGCAUGCAUUAACUAGGUAAUGCAUGCAGUUACUAACCAACUGCAGUCAAAGCGUUAUUGAUGAAUUUCAAAAUAAAAUUUAGUUUAGCGAAUAAUUAAAUUAAUUAUUGACUCGAUGAUUAUUGCACUAGAGCUAGUUAUAACAUAAAAAUACAAAAGCAACUAACAUAGAAAGAAAAUAUUUUGAAACACAAACAUAUUUAUAAAUAAGAAAAACGCUUUAUUUAUUUGAACAAUUCAAACUUCCAUGGCAUUUGAAAUUGCACAAUUUUUUUGCUUUAAGGCAUGCACAUCUAUUUGUUGUGCAUUUUGUUUUACAUUGAUAAUUGGUAAUUCAAUGGCAUUGUCUUCAAUAUCAUUUGGCAUUAAUAUAUUUUCGGGACACACGCUAAACUGAGAUCUGGAAUAUAACCCUUUUAAAAUUCCAUUGCGUGUUCCAAUUUGAAAAUAGUCAUCAUCCGUUUUAGUUAAUAAACAUCCCAAUAUUGUACGAGAAUCUCCCCGUCCUCUAUCAACUUCCGGUACCUUAAUUCUUAGUGUCAUUCCUACCUUUUUCAUGCGCUUAGCUUGCUUUUUGUAAAUUUUCUUUUGAUUCUGUGAUUGCACCGUGCAAAUAUCGCACAUUUUAUUACAUUCCGGAUUAAGUAAAAUGUCACAUCUAUCACAUUUUCGUAGGGUCACGGUAGUGUCAAGCGGUAAACAACGCUGUUCCGUGUCAUCUUGAACCACUACCAAGUCCCCGACAUCUUCACUGAAGAUUAUAUCUGAUUCUAGAGCAUCUUCCCACAAUGGUUUCAAGUCGUGGAAUCUCCUAGACACUUUCUUCAUUACCGUUGACAUUUUCAAGAAUUUUUUCCAAAUAUUCUUCACUGUUUAUAUUGUUUAAUACCUCAUGUAGUAAGGAAGAAGAGGUAAGACCGACCUUGGCGGGUUGUCCAAACAUUGCCUCGUAAGGACUUCGCUUUAUACCAGCGUGAAGGGCUCGAUUUUUCAUAAACUGCACAUUAUCCAGUCCUCUACUCCAAUUACUGGUUUGAUUUUUUUGCAUCCAUGCGAUUAAAAUAUUCUCAAUAUCUUGAUUCGCACGCUGCACACUGCCUUGAGACUGGCUGUGGCGUGGCUUCCCAUGAACAAUUUUUAAUUCAGGCCAUAAGCCUUUCAAAUCAGCAAUGACAUGGUUAACAAAUUCUCGGCCAUUGUCCGAUUGCAAAAUAGAUGGUGCCCCAAAUAGUAAAAAAAUCCGAAGGAGUUGAUCAGCAACUUCAUUAGCUGUCUUAUUCUUAAGAGCUCUAAGAAUGUCAAACUUUGUUAAGUGGUCCUGGAAUACCAAUAUAAAUUUAAAUUUAUCAUCUGGCUGUGAUUGGAAGAUAAUUAAAUCUACUUGACAUCUUGAAUUAAAAUGGGAACACACCAUUGGCUUAACCACCAAGCCUUUCUUUUCAUUCGCCCUUUUUUUAAAGCACACGUAACAAUUAUUUAAAAAUGUUUGAAUAUCUUGUGCUGUUAUAUUUUUAAAGCGAAGGUUAAGUUCCUUUUUCAUUCUGUCUCGUCCACCAUGUCCAAUUGAUAAAUGAUUUCAUAUGAAACUUCAAACAAUUCUUCAACAGUAAUAUAAUACAGCACUUUUUCAUUUGAUAUUGGUGCAAUUAGUUUAUCCACAUUACAUACAUACACUAUAUCAUAAUGUUUUAGUAACCAGAAGUGACAAUUUUCUUUUUUCUGAGCAGAUUUGGCGGAUUUAACAUCAUUUAUUAGUUUUGAAAUAUCUUUCCGCAGUCAUACGAAAGCCGUUAGCUUUUUUUGGAGUAUUGUUAAUAUAUUUGCAGAAUUUAUCUUUCAUCGCUUCUUUAUCCAUUUUAUAUUUAUGACUAAAAAAAUAAUUAAUAAUUAAUUAGUCUGGACACAUACAAUUUAAACAAUUCACUUACCAAGAAUCUCAAACGGAAAAACAAACAGCAAACGGUGCAGCACGAAUAAAGAGGUUAGGUUUUAGGUUUCCCGGUAAAUUUAACCCACUUCUCGCUUUGACUAGAAGCAGUUCGUGAAUGCAUACAUCGACUAGCAAAUGUGUUCAUUUCGGUUAAAAUAAAUAUAUUAACUACGGAGUUUAGCAAAUGUAUGCGUUGGCUAGUAAAUGUAUACAUUUUCUAAAUGAAUGCUUUGACUGCAACAUAUACAUAAUUGUUCGACGUCAAAUAAAACUUCCCUCUAAACGUCAGCCGAGACUUAAGUUCGGUAGUUAUAAUUUAGGUCUAAAAGUAUACUAGAUUGUUUUCGUUUUUUUGUGAACUUUUCUUCUCUUGAAUCCAAAAUUGCUUAAUUAUUGAAAUAUUGUUUUUGCUCUAAUGUAACUUUUUGACACCGAGGACCAUUAUUUUAAGUCAAAUUCAAUUAAAUGCGAUUUUUACCAUAAUUUUAGUAUCCCGAUUUUCUAUGAACAAAACUGUAUAUCCCAAAAGUCGCAAUUCUUGACAGUGGCAAAAUUUUCUGCAUAUUUUUUUUAUAUUAUUUAAGAUACCAUCCUUUGCUAACUAUAUUCUGUGCAGCAAGAGGCAUUUCCAAAUUGAUAACACUUUUUUACUUCUACCGGGAUUCGUACAACAUAGUUUUAAAGAGGAAAAAAGAGGACGCCUCUUACAUUUUUCUCAAUAAAUAUUUUCGAGACAGACUUCUGCAUAAAAAUUACGUUUAGGUUUUUCUUAUCUGAUUCACAGUUCUUCAUUAAAAUAGUUAAAUUAAAAGUGCAACUUUUCGCACCAAUGACUAACACAGAAAACUUCAUGUGAGGUGGAUUAAACUUAUUAUUUUUUUACUAAUAGUAAUUGAAUUAUUAUAAAAAAAUGUUGGAAAUGGAAAUCUUCACUUCACACGCUCGCAUUGAUUUCUGCACUCGUUCGAUUUUUUUUACGAUACGCUUUUAAGGUGACCUCGUAAAAACAAAUCUAAACUAUUGACACCAGGGGAUACGUAAGAUUCAGAUUAGGUCUGUCCUUUACUGCUACCAAAAAAAUCUAUUGUGACUCUCUUCAUAUAAAGUUUUAUAUAGGUUCACCUCCCUCAUAGGCUCCGCAGUUUCGAUAGACAAAAGGGUGAUUUGACAAAUGACGAAACCGUCCAAAGAAAAUCACCUGAAAAAACUCAACAGUCAACCAUUUUUUUUAAAUAUGCUAUUCGAAUCGCUGACGGGCGCCAGUGCUAUAAACAAAAGCCAGUGUUGUGUGCGUGGAAAUGUCGGUUGAUGCACAGAAUAUAUUGACCCAAUUUUGCAAUAUUUAGAAUCGUUUCCUAGAUAAUAUAAAAAAAAUACUCUGUGUAUCUCAAAAGUUUAGAUGUUUAUGAAGAACAGACCAUUAAGGAAUAUCCUGUAUAUAUUUUUUAAAAGGCAACUUAUCAGGGUUCGUUAUCAUAAUUUUCUAUACCAUAGUGUAGUUGUUUUUUCAAUUUGACAAAUUUAUUUUAAAUUCUUGUCUGACUAACCCGCUCGUUACAAUGGCAUUGUCUAAAAAUCGGCAGCCAUAAUACACAAAGCUUAAAUUCCCUGAAAAAAUAUGAAAUGAAACCCUCUCUUUCGAGGAUAGAAUGCAGGAUUCUUGCCUACCCGGGGAACCUUGAAAUACACAAACAUCACAAACUGAUUAUUAACAUUUUUUUUUAAUUCUUUAAAGGACCAAAGGAAAGGAGGGUAUUUUUCAAUUUAAUUUAAUUAACAUUAAAUGUUAUUCAAAUAUUUCGUUUUUAAGGUGACAAUUUAAGGCACUAAUUUUAGUUCAAAGAGUAUACUUACCCAUAAUUUUAAAUGUGACAACUAUGUGUCAGGUGCAUAACUAUUAUUUCACGACGACAAUUACCAUCAACUACCAACGAAUAGAUAAAUUUUGACACGAGAGUUGUUAAUGUGCCAUUUAAACGUUUCUUUCGAAGAUCUUUUCUGAAUAUUGUGUUUUUUUAGUAAAUCUGCAAUUGACUGCUGAAACAGCGCCAUCUUAAUAUGAAAUAAAUGGGUAAAACGCAUCCGCACAUCCACUUUCAAAUGUUCAAAACCAACAAUGGAUUAUGAGCAGAAUACUUAAAUUUCUUGUAAUUAAGUUUUAUAAACCGAUUCAUUUGUUUUCAUUGCGUUGAAAAAAAGUUCUUAGUUGAUGCCAAAUAACCAACUUUGUUAAACGACGCAGGUUAGAUAAAGUCGACCCUAAAUGUAUGCUGCAAAAGUAUUGAGUCGAUCACAUACAUAGUAGUAAAUUAAUUGUAAAAAAAAAUCGUUUAAAGUAUAGUUUUUAUAUUUUGACCCUGAUUAGCAAAAUGUCUAAUUUAUGAAGUAGUAUGAAUCAUUUGUUAGAACGAUUACCCCGGCAGCAUUUGUUUUUCUCUCAGGACCUAAACGUAAUACUUAUCUAAGUGAAUCGACCAAAAUGAGCAACCUAUCCUGUUGUUUAUAUAUUACAAAAUAUUCUCCUAUUAUAUAAAUAUUUUUGUUACAUUUUAAAGAUGUUGUGAUAUGGAAACGAUUGUGUGAGAAUCUGUAUGUGAUUUUAAGUGUUUAAAACACUCUAAAAUUGUUUUAUUUACUAAUUUCUACCGUAUUUUAAAUACAAUACGAGGCCGCCAUUUCGUUAACUCAAUAUCAUAUUGAGAUCAGUGUUGUUUCAAAACAACCCUUUUUCUAAUACUAAUUUAAAUUUUCAAUUUAUCUUUAUGUUUAUUGAUAACGAUUCUGGACAAUUCUCUUUGUAACAGGUUAAAAACCCGUUUUGUUGAUAUUUUGUUCAAUCUUUUGGUGUAUACCCAUUUUGUUAAUUUUUUGUUUAGUUUUUGUGUUCAUGUGAAUAUCUUGCUUACCGAGGUGUCUUUUUAAAUUAAAUGUUGCUUACAACUUUGGGAUUUUCAUUGUUAACUUUACUAUAAAGUUUAUAUUUUAAUUUUAUUUGCGUUGCUUUGCUUCAAAUAAAAUAUAUUAUUUCUAGGAUGUGUUUUUUUUUCACCGUUAAU